AUGAAUGCAGGAGAGCCAAUGGGCGCUGCACUGGCAAAGGAUGCAGGAGGCAAGAGCGUGAGCUUCCCGGUGGAUGUGGUCGCAGCCAUUGCAAAUGUUGCAUACGUGAUGAAAAAUGCACGGCGAAUCAGAGAUGCACAAGGAGGAAUGGAUCCUGCUCAAGGAGGUCCUGUGGGAGCGGAGAGAUGGAGAUUUACGGAGGCUGCGACGGUGCAAGAUGCCACUGCUGCGCUCCUGAAGACAAGAAAGAAUGCACGGCGAAUCAGAGAUGCACAAGGAGGAAUGGAUCCUGCUCAAGGAGGUCCUGUGGGAGCGGAGAGAAGGAGAUUUACGGAGGCUGCGACGGUGCAAGAUGCCACUGCUGCGCUCCUGAAGACAAGAAAGAAUGCACGGCGAAUCAGAGAUGCACAAGGAGGAAUGGAUCCUGCUCAAGGAGGUCCUGUGGGAGCGGAGAGAAGGAGAUUUACGGAGGUUGUGACGGUGCAAGAUGCCACUGCUGCGCUCCCAAAGACAAGAAAGAAUGCAAGGCGAAUCAGAGAUGCACAAAGAGGAAUGGAUCCUGCUCAGCGAGGUCCUGUGGGAGCGGAGAGAUGGAGAUUUACGGAGGCUGCGACGGGGCAAGAUGCCACUGCUGCGCUCCUGAAGACAAGAAAGAAUGCAAACCAAGAAGCAAUGUAA